GUGUGAGCUUUUAUUUGUAAUAUAUUGAUUUUAGUUGACUAUUUCACAUCGACAGCCGGCGGGGACAAAUGAUUAUUUCAAAGCAAGUGAAUUUGGUGAUGCCUAUCGCCUAGGCCGCUCUUUUUAUAUCUAAACACCUUUGCACGUCUUCUAUAAUUAUAGCACAGGUCUCAGCCAUGGAGAAGCAAGCAACAAGCAAGGUCUGCUGCGUUACUGGAGGUUCUGGAUAUUUAGGUUCUUGGCUUGUUAAGAAGCUCCUCCAUAAAGGCUACACUGUCCAUGCAACCCUACGAAACUUAGAUGAUAAAUCGAAAGUUGGGUUUUUGAAGUCCCUGCCUGGCGCACACACCAAACUGGUUUUAUUCCAAGCUGAUAUCUACAAUCCCGACGAGUUCAAACAUGCAGUUCAGGGGUGUGAAUAUGUGUUUCAUGUGGCUACUGCAAAGCAAACAGCCGACACUCAAAGCUCACAGGAAAUCAUUGAAGCAACGGUUUCAGGUGUGAGGAGCAUCGCCGAGUCCUGCCUCAAAUCGCCAAGCGUCAAACGACUUAUCUACACGGCUUCGGUUAUGGCAGUAUCGCCAUUAAUGAAAGAUGGAUUCAACGUCAAAUCUUGCGUGGAUGAAUCGUAUUGGACUAAUGUUGAUGUUGCAUCAAUCCAUGGCCUUCAAUAUAUGCGGACGUAUACUAUAUCGAAAACCUUAGCGGAAAAAGUGGCAUUGAGCUAUAACGGUGAAGCGAAUGUUAAUGGCGACAAGCUCGAAGUUGUGACUCUUCCUUGUGGGCUUGUUGGAGGAGAGACUCUGCUUUCAUUCGUGCCUUUAAGCGUCGCCGUCAUGUUUUCGCCGCUUACUGGGAACUCAUCUACUUUGGUGGCCUUACAAUACAUGGAACAGCUUCUGGGAUCGGUUCCUAUAGUUCACAUCGAUGACGUUUGCGAUGCCCAUAUCUUCUGCAUGGAGAAACCCACCAUGGCCGGCAGAUUCAUCUGUGCCGCAGCUAAUCCAACCAUCAGACAAAUCGCAACCCAUUUUCGAGAAAAUUAUCCAAAAUACCAGAUACCAGAAGAGUUGAUGGGGGAAGAAAAGGAAGGUAUCGCAUGGGACAGCAGCAAACUGGUGAAGAUGGGGUUUGAGUACAGGGAGGACAUGGGAAAAAUAUUGGAUGAUAGUGUAAAAUGUGGAAGGCGACUUGCAGCUGUGGGCUCCCUCUGUUACUGAUGUUUUGUUGUUUUAUACGUAUAUGGUGCAGCCAUCACUUAUUAGAUUUUGUCACGGACACAGGAAUAAUAAAAAACUGUAUUAAUGUUUAUUGGACUACCACAUUC